AUGUACGAAGGGAUUGACAACCUGAAAUCCCUUUACGAACGUGCCGGGAAGACUUUCUCCGGCGGUCCUUCUGCGGCACAGGAUGUGUCGCGUCGUACUGCUCGACCAGACCCAGUACGUCAACCAUCAAUUGGGAGCGGGGCUCCCAAGAAUCCCAGGACGGGGGAUAGCCGCGCCACCGGACGAGGUAACUCGUCCGACGUCCGUUCACGUCGCGGUGGUUCAACAGCUGCUCUACUAGAUAGCGCUGGCCACCGCGAGAGUCCUCUAAUGGAGGUGGAGGAGGAGGAAAGACGCUCUCCACACGAUCAUGUGGAUCGGUGUGUUCCCGAGAGCUUCUUUGAUCGCGUAACGCAAGGGUUACGCGACGAUCUCGAGCAUGAGCGGAAUAGGCGUCUCCAGAUGGUGGACACUGCCUCGAAGCAUCGAGCUGAGUUUGCCUUUGCUCAGCUUGAGAACGAGAGAUCUCUGACAUCUCUUCGUGACGAGCUAAGGGUAGCUCGUGGGAUUGUUGAUCGGUCUCGGGCUGAGAUAACUGCUCUUCAGACCCUUGUUGAUGCCCACCAUCGGGAGCACAAGGCUCUCUGCGAGAUGCUUGAGCGCAAGGGCGUUCUUCAUCGGAAGAAGCAGCGUACUGAUGGUACGGCUUAA